AUUUUCAUCACAGUGAUAGGGAUAGUUGCGCUAAUAAGACACUAUGAGGCGGCACAACCUUUCGGGGAGGAAGACGAUCCAGCACGUAUAAGACAAGAGACAGGUUACAAUAGGGAUAUUGGACGAGACAGAAACCCGGAAGUAUAUGUCGAGAACAACGGUGACGCAGAGGAGCGAGUAAUUUCGCUCAGACACGAAUAUCGUGUACGAGUAGUUAAUCUUAGAUAUGAAAAUCGUAACAGAUUCCUAAGACAAAACCGGCAUUCUGAAGUAUUGCUGCAGAAUCAAGAAAUAUCUCUACCAUAUAGAUUGAGACAGCAACUUCCAGAUGAACUUAAGUGUACGAGGUGUACGAGAAAUAUCCGCGAUGCCGUUAUCAGAGAAUGUGGACACUUAAUAAUGUGCCGACAUUGCCUUGUUCGACUCGAUCACUGUCCGAGGUGCGGGAGAAGUAUCCUGGCAUGGAAUGUAGUUUCAUGGUUUAAACUGCCUUAUUUACAAACGUCACAAAAUUGACACUGUAACUUAAACUUGAUGUUCUAUAAUUAUGUAUUUCUUUAAAACAAGUUUGAUUUUCACACAGAAAAUGAUUAUUGGUACAUUUAAGAUUUUUAACUCUUAAGAUAUGUAUAUUUAUUUCUCUUCAUAUAUUCGUAUUUUGCAAAUUUUUCAAUAAUAUAUUUGUAUUUUUUUAUUUGUCAUGAUGCCUACUUUUAUUUCAUAAACAAGUUAUUGUCCAGUAUUGUUUUAUGGGAAGUUCUCUAGUGUAAAUAUUUCAGAUCUCUACAUUUGUUUUAUAAAGUUUUGGAGACUCAAGCAUAUAAACAAGUGCCAGAUCAAUUUUCAAAGCCUGGUACUUACAUGUGCCAUAAUUUUUCGUGGUGUUUUGUAUACAUUUUUCUACAUUCUAGUAUUUUGCAAGAUGCUAAAUCAUACAGACCAGUACAGUUAAGUUACCUAAUCUUAUUUCACCAGUAUUGAUUU